GCCUGGGCGGGCGGAGCUCAGAUGCUUGUUCUUAGGGCGCCGGGAGCGCAGCCAGAGCCUCUGCGCACCACCACCUGGCAGAGCUUGUCCCCGGAUUCUUCCCGCCUGCUGUCCCCUAACCUGCCUGCCACACCCUCAGCCGCCACCGGGAGCCUCAUGGCCGCAACCUGCGAGAUUAGCAACGUUUUUAGCAAUUACUUCAGUACGAUGUACAGCUCGGAGGACCCCACUCUGGCUUCUGUUCCCGCCGCUGCCACCUUUGGGGCCGACGACCUGGUGCUGGCCCUGGGCAGCCCACAGAUGCCCCUGGAGGGCCCAGAGAAGGCCAGCUGGUCGGGGGAGCAGCCCCAGCUCUGGUCCAAGGCCCAGGUUCUGGACUGGAUCAGCUACCAAGUGGAGAAGCACAAAUACGACGCCAGCACCAUCGACCUCUCGCGCUGUGACAUGGACGGGGCCGCGCUCUGCCGCUGCGCCCCUGAGGAGCUGCGCCUGGUCUUCGGGCCCUUGGGGGACCAGCUCUAUGCUCAGCUAUGGGACCUCACUUCCAGCUUUCCUGACGAGCUCAGCUGGAUCAUGGAACUUCUGGAGAAGGACAGCAUGACCCUCCAGGAGCCCCUCGGAGACCAGGGCCCCUUUGACCAGGGAAGCCCCUUCGCCCAAGAGAUGCUGGAGGACUGCAGACAGCCCAGCCCCUUCUACCCGGGCAGCUUCAGCGCGGGAGCCCCCUCCCCAGGCAGCUCCGAUGUCUCCACCGCAGGCACUGGAGCCUCCCAGAGCUCCCCCACCUCAGACUCCGGUGGAAGCGACGUGGACCUGGACGCCCCUGACAGCAAGCCCUUCUCCGGGGGUGAGCCGAGGUCUCCUGGUCCCCACGGGGGGUCCCACUGGCAGUGCCUGGAGCCAGCCCCCAUCCCUCCCUACCCUGACCCACCACCUCUCCCCACAGAUGGCUUCCCAGACUACAAGAAGGGGGAUCUGAAGCACGGGAAGCGGAAACGGGGCCGCCCCCGAAAGCUGAGCAAAGAAUCUCGGGGGUGUCUGGAGGGAACGAAGAGCAAGCAUGCCCCCAGAGGCACCCACCUGUGGGAGUUCAUCCGUGAUAUCCUCAUCAACCCGGAGCUCAACGAGGGCCUCAUGAAGUGGGAGAACCGGCAAGAAGGUGUCUUCAAGUUCCUGCGCUCCGAGGCCGUGGCCCAGCUGUGGGGUCAGAAGAAGAAGAACAGCAGCAUGACCUACGAGAAGCUGAGCAGGGCCAUGAGGUACUACUACAAGCGGGAGAUUCUAGAGCGGGUGGACGGUCGGCGGCUUGUCUACAAAUUCGGCAAGAACUCCAGCGGCUGGCAGGAAGAAGAGGUUGUCGGGCGCCGGAACUGAGGGUCGGACCAGCUCUGGGACCAAAGGCUCGAACUUGAGGCUGCAGGGCUGCCAGGCUGCCACUGGGGCACAGGCGCUGCGCCGUGGAGACAAGCUUCGGGUCUGGUGCUGCCGGUCGUCGUCCUGGCGUCUGGGGCCAUGGCCUCUAUUUUGUCCUUUUGGGAUUACAAGCCCCAGCGUUUGAAGUGACUCGUGUGCCGGCUGCAAGGCAGGUGCAGCCUCUUCGGUCUGGGAGCACGUCGGACCCGAUCAGACAGCAGCUGGGACGCCCCCUCCGGCAGGGGCUGGAUGAGCCCAGCGGGCCAGGCCGGGGGGCUCUCAGAGGCGCACCCCUCCUUCUGGACUGGCUUCCACCUCCCCGCUCAGUGCUUGGACUCCGCGGGCGGGGGUCAGAGCGCGCCCUAAUUUAUGUGCUAUAGAGAUGUAUAUAGAAAUCUAUUUUUUCUAAGACACCCCUCCCCAGCCCCUCCCCCACUGAACCCUGGUGGCCACGGGGACUGUUCCAGGCUCUUGGCUGGGCCAGUGAGGGGCAGGGCGAUGCCAGGAGCCUCAGGACAGGGCUCCUGGCUCCUUCUUCCUGUGAAUGGGGGCGGAGACCUCCAAUAAAGUGCCUUCUGGACUUUUUUAA